AUGGCAAACAAGUUUUACAAAACACAACCUGCCUUUACCUCCAACCUAACCAAAGGUAUGAGCCUCUUCUCCAUGUUCAAAAUAUUUAAACUCCUAGGAAUUUUUCUUACAGAUUACUCUGAAAAUUUUAUAUCUGGGCUGCCGCUGGGGAAGGUAGCCUGUGGCCUCAGAACUUCUGACCUACGUGCGGCAGAAGUUCGCGGCCGGGGAGUCGGCGUCCUCCGGGAGCCGGGGUGGCCCAAGGGCGCGGAGAGCGGCGAGACCUGGUGCGCCCCAUCCCCCGCCUCGGUCACUCCUCUCGGGCGCUCCCGGACCCCGGGGCCAAAGCCGCCCAGAGCGCUGCCCCCGGCCCUGCGCCGGCCGCCCGGCGCCCGCGACGAUGCGCCCAGGGGACCCGGCUCCGGGGUCUGCGGCUCCCAUUCCCCACGCCUCGCGCCGCGCCCACCAGCUCCCAGUACUCACGGGCCGCUCGCGCGCCGCUAUCUAGCCAUCCUCGGCCGCCGCCCGGGGGCUGCCCGGAGUUCGCAGUCGCCCGUGGGCUGGAAGCGUAGAGGAGGGGGGCCGAACACCACCCGCCGCCUCCGCCGUCUCGCCUUCCCCAGUCCCAGCGCAGGGCUGCAGCAGGCGACCGCGGGCGAGGGGUGGCCCGCUGCCCUCCGCGAGCCCCGGGAGACGCCGCCGCCGCCACAGACGCGCGGAGGCAACAGUAACGGCCACCGCCACUGGCGAGACGCUCCAGCCCCGACUGCGGCGCGCGGGGGCGGUGCCUGCACGCCGCUCGGCGGGGGGCGCCGCUACCCGGGUCCCGGCCCCGCCCCCGGCCCCGCCCCGCGCACCCCCGCCGGAAGCCGCCAGCGCGCCCCCGCCGUCGCCCCUCGGCGGGGCCGCGCGCGUUUGGCGCUCGUCGCGGGGCCGCCCCCGGGAGCCGGAGGAGAGCGGCCGCGCGCGGGGCUCCAGCGCCGAGGGUGGUGCUUCCGCGGAGAGUCCCGUCGCGAGGCCCAUCUCGGAAGGUCACGGAAGAGUCGGGGAGAGGAGCGGCCUGGCCCGUGCAAAUGGUCGGGAAGGCAGGCCUAG